AUGACUCCUAAGCGUGAGAACAAGACCACCGCCGGUGACCCCGGCCGCUUCAAGAGACGAAAGAAGAACAAGAACAAGAAGCCCGCUGCCGCCGCUGCCCCCGCGCCCGCCCCUCCUCCUGCUCCUGCUCCGGCCCCCGCGCCCGCCGAGCCCGCCCUCCCUGAGGAGGUACUAGAGAGAUUACGACGCGAGGCCCGAGAACAAGUGUAUAAAGAACUCGACCUCGAUAUCGAAAUCGAUGAGCCCGCCCCUGCCGCCGCGGAGCCGGCCCAGGAGCUCACCCCGGGACAGAGACUGUGCCGGGAUGAGCUCCUGGGUCGGCUCCAGGAGGUGAAAGAUCAGAGAGCCAAUCUUAAGGCGGAGAAACGGGCGCUCAAAGCCCAAAUUCUUGAGCUGGAAGAGAGGGUGGAAUGGUAUGCGUCGGCUCUAAAAGCCUGCGAUGAGAGGUUCAAGACUAUUGUCGGGAAUUUGAAAGCCCUCGAAAAAUUUUAA